AAGGACACUUUAAUCAAUGCAACACAGUGUGUAAGUGACAGGGAGGAGGAAGCCUUCCCCAGAAGCAGGCUCAGCCACUGAAACUGUCCCCCAAAUAAAGCUGGGGACAUCUGAUGUGACAUGCAAGCCACAAGUAAGAGCAGCCUCCUGUCUACUGCUGGGGAAGUGUCACCAUGAAGGAGAAGAGCCAUCCAGCUCCCUGACCAGCCACAGGUCACCUCUGGGUCCUUUCUUCUGUCAUUUUGGUUUCUAUUGAGGGAACAGAGGGCAAAGAGGAAAGUCAUGCCCAGGCAACCCUGAUGGCACUGUGAGCAAAGAUGGCAUACAUACAGUUGGAGCCAAUAAAUGAGGGUUUCCUUUCCAAAAUUUCUGAUCUGCUGCUAUGUCGGUGGACGUGCAGAAACUGCUGUCAGAAGUGUUACGAAUGCAGCUGCUGCCAGUCAAGUGAAGAUGAAGUGGAGAUCCUGGGGCCCUUUCCUGCUCAAACACCACCAUGGCUGAUAAAUAAUCGCAGUGAAGACAAGGAAGGAGAUUCAGACAAUGCAACAAGUGAGCCUCCUCCGACUCCACAGGAAACAUCACCUGACAGAAGACGAUCUUCAGAUACAUCCAGAUCUACAUAUAGUCUUACUAGGCGCAUUUCAAGUUUAGAAUCCAGAAGACCAAGUUCUCCAUUAAUUGACAUUAAACCAAUUGAGUUUGGUGCAUUAGGGGCAAAAAAAGAAAUUGUGCAACCAACCGUACUGAGGAAAACAUAUACCCCUGAGGACUAUUUUAGGAAAUUUGAACUCCACCUGUAUCCUGUCGAUUCCAGUAAUGAUGAUGUAGACUCAUUAACAGAUGAUGAAAUUCUAACCAAGUAUCAAUUAGGCAUGCUGCAUUUUAGCACUCAGUAUGAUCUGCUUCACAACUAUCUGAUUGUCAGAGUGAUAGAGGCUAGGGACCUACCGCCACCCAUAUCUUACGAUGGUUCCAGGCAAGACAUGGCUCAUUCAAACCCGUAUGUGAAGAUAUGUCUACUGCCGGAUCAGAAGAACUCUAAGCAAACUGGAGUCAAACGUAAGACUCAGAAUCCAGUAUUUGAGGAGAGAUACACUUUUGACAUCCCAUUUUUAGAAGCCCAAAGAAGAACAUUGCUGUUGACAGUGGUGGAUUUUGACAAGUUUUCACGACAUUGUGUUAUUGGGAAAGUCUCCAUGCCGUUGAAUGAGGUUGACCUUGUGAAAGGAGGACAUUGGUGGAAAGCUUUAAUACCAAGCUCCCAGAAUGAAGUGGAGCUGGGAGAGCUGCUUCUGUCUCUUAAUUACCUGCCAAGUGCUGGAAGAUUGAACGUGGAUAUUAUCCGAGCAAAACAGCUUCUUCAGACUGAUAUGAGCCAGGGAUCUGACCCAUUUGUGAAAAUCCAGUUGGUUCAUGGGUUGAAGUUAGCAAAGACCAAAAAGACAUCUUGCAUGAGAGCUACCAUUGAUCCUUUUUACAAUGAGUCCUUCAGCUUCAAAGUUCCUCAAGAAGAACUUGAGAAUGCCAGCUUGGUCUUUACAGUGUAUGGACACAACAUGAAAAGCAGCAAUGACUUUAUUGGCAGGAUAGUCAUUGGUCAGUAUUCAUCGGGCUCCCCAGAAUCCAACCACUGGCGACGUAUGCUGAAUUCGCACAGGACGGCAGUGGAGCAGUGGCAUAGCCUGAGGUCCCGUGCAGAAUGUGACAGAGUAUCACCAGCCUCACUGGAGGUGACGUGAGAUCCGAGGGAAGCGGCGUCACGCAACGCUUAGUCGCAAGGAACCAUGGGAUCGGGAGCCGUUAUUCCUCUGCUUCUGAUUGAACGGCGGCAUUUAGCCUAUGUGCCUCAGUACAUAUUCAUGAUGCAAAUCAUGUGUUAAAUGUUGGUCUAAUCAGCUUGUUCUGACCGCGUCUUGCGAUUUGCUGAUCAUUCUUAUAACUUUCAAGGCCUUGCACACCCAUCACAAUCUCUAAUCCAUCCAUCGCGAGAAUCAAAAGACGUAGAGAGCUGUGUAUAAAAGUCCCAAAAUCUGGACUAUUAGUGUUAAGACGAGCCUGUGGGGCGCUGUCAUUCAUCCAACCUAUUGUACUCCAUUUAAAGGGAGAUAUUGGUAUAUGUAGUCUAAUUUGUGAAUGUGGUAAAAAAAAAAAUCAUGAAAAAAAAUAAUAUUGAAAAUACGUGGCACCUUUCCAAAAUGCAGUUUCCUCCUUAUACGUUAAAUUCUAUAUCUGUUGACGUAUGUGCGUGAGUAUGUUUGUGCGCUGACACAUAUCUAUAUUUAUAUACUUGUUUAUACAGUAAAAAUACAAAUCCGUAUUUAUAGAUAUUGAUUGGAAGAUAUCUUAAUAUAUCAAGAUACAUAUAUAUAUAAUGUUAAAAUAAAGCUAUAUAUUACAAUAAAGCAUAUGUCAUUCAAUCGCCCAGGAUACUGUAAUGCAGAGAGAACAUGUGGCCAGUGCAGAAUAAUGAUCUUUCCCCUUCAGAUGCACAAUUACCCUUCUCUUACUGCGCCGUUAUACUAUAGAAGACCUGUCGUCUCUCAUGAUAUGUCUGCUUUGUUACAUAAUUGCAUUCCCCAUUAAAUAUCAAUUCUGGAGGCUUUUUUCCCUGUUCCUCUGUUAUUCCACAGAAAUUUAUCAAUAAAUUGUGUUCCUUCACAGUCAGCACUGAUUGGACAGUGUCACAGAGUAUAGAAAUACCCCCCCCCCCCCCCCAACACCCGGCUGUCAAUGUAGCCAUGAAGUUCUAGCAAAAAAUCACUGAAAUAAAUAAAUAAAUAAAAAUACAAAUAAACAAUGAUAAAUAAAUGCAAAUGAAUAAUUAAAUAAAUAAUAAUAAUAAAUAAAUAAAUAAAUAAAUAAUGCAAAUC